ACACCUCCCUCCCCUGCCAGAUCGGCCCCCGGGACAGAGCGGCGUGGAGCCCCGGACACCUGGGUCCCCAAAAUGAUUCUCGGCGGCCUGAGCCGGGCAGGACCCCUCCCCGUGUUCCAUUCUCCGGUCAUGGCGCCCCCGGCCCCGCCGCCCCUGGACAUAAAGCGACUUCUGCCCUUCGCUCUGGAGCCGGCGACUCCGCUCGGCCUCUUCGGCGGCUUCGGAACGAUGGACCCCGUGCAGAAGGCCGUGCUGGCCCACACCUUCGGGGGACCCCUGCUCCGGACCAAGCGGCCUGUCAUUUCCUGUAACGUCUGUCAGAUCCGCUUCAACUCCCAGAGCCAGGCGGAGGCUCACUACAAAGGCAACAGACACGCGCGGAGAGUCAAGGGCAUCGAAGCUGCCAAGGGUCGGGGGCGAGAGCCGGGCUCCCGGGAGGCCGGGGACGGGGUCCCGGUUGCCAGCAGCCCCGGUGGCGGAGAUGGCGGCGGGGGCCCUGGCCCAGGAGCAGAGAACGGCCUGGGCCCGGCCCCGGUCCCGGCCCCCAGCUCCCCACUCCCACGGCCCAGUCCCCCUUCACCCCAGGGCUUCCAGGAGCCGGGUCGGGCCGGGGCGCAGGCUGGGACUGGGGCGCAGGCCGAGGGCGGAGCCAGCCGGGAGGAGGAGGAGAAAGCCAAGCGCCUGCUGUACUGUGCGCUAUGCAAAGUCGCCGUUAACUCUCUGUCGCAGUUGGAGGCACAUAAUAAAGGCACAAAGCACAAGACGAUCUUGGAGGCCCGGAGCGGACUUGGACCCAUCAAGGCCUACCCCCGGCUGGGGCCCCCCGCCCCCGGGGAUCCCGACCCCCCCUCCCAGGAUCGCACCUUCCACUGUGAGAUUUGCAACGUCAAGGUCAACUCCGAGACUCAACUCAAACAGCACAUCUCGAGUCGACGGCACCGGGAUGGAGUGGCCGGGAAGCCCAACCCCCUGCUCAGCCGCCACAAGAAGCCGCGGGGACCCGGGGAGCUGGCGGGGGCCUUCGCCUUCGCCAAGGAGCUGCCCAAGUCUCUGGCCGCCGGCCUGCUGCCCAGCCCCCUGGCCGUGGCGGCGGUGAUGGCGGCGGCCGCCAGCUCCCCGCUGUCCCUGCGUGGCCCGGCCGCGCCCCCCCUCCUCCAGGGACCUCCCCUCGCCCACCCGCUCCUGCACCCCGCCCCCGGCCCCAUCCGGACAGCCCACGGCCCCAUCCUCUUCUCCCCCUACUGACCCACCUCCUCGGAACCCAGGCGCCGGGCUCUUCGUCUUAGAACCCAGGCGGCCGGGCCCCCCAGCCUGCCCCCUGCUUCUACCUGGGGAGUGGGCUGACUCUCUUCCUACCUCCCUCCCCCCCUGUAAAAGGGACAGGGAGCUCGGGAGGACCCCCUCCCCCAAGUUUAUUCCAGCACCUCAGGGAACCCCAUCCCUUCACCCCCAUCCUUUCCCCUUGGGGACCCCCUCCUCUCUCCAAAGCCUUGCCCGUCCACCUCACCUUCAGCCCAGUCCAGACUGGGCCACAAGCCAUUCCGGGGGGAGGGGGAGGGCCGUGGGGGGGGCGGGAGCCGGCUCCUCCAGGCAAUAAUUGGACCUUGGGCCGCCCUCUCCCCGCUUCUGCACCCCCUUUCUCUCCCCCUCCCCCAGACCUGAGUGCUUCCGCGGGGAGGGAUGGGGGGGCGGCACCCCAGAGCACUUUUGGUGACUGCACACCGUGAGGUCACCGUGUCUGCCUCCCCCCUCCCCACAACCCGGGUUCAACCUUACACACCAGCCCCGGGGGGCGGCCCUCCCCCCAACUCCAGCCCCCUCCAAUUCCGCAAAACUGUGAGCAAAGAGCAAUAGCCCCCCACCCCACCUCGCCCUCUCCCCCCCCAGCGCUCUCAACUGCACAACUCCAGCUGGGGGUGGGGAGACACCCCCCCCCCGCCCUUCUCCCUUUAUUGCGUUGUCUCCGUCCUACCCCUCAUGCCCUCUUUUCCGGAUUCUGCUUGACAAUGUAGCAUCUCUGACCACCAAUAAAAUUCCGCCCCCCACCUCUGGA